CGGAACUCAGGGGCAAAAUCGUCUGAACAUGUCUGCGUCGUCAUCAUCAUUUUUCAGGACUCGCCUCUCUCUCUCUCUCUCUCUCUCUGUCUCUGUUUCUCCAGCAGAUUCGAAUUUAAGUUUGCUCUCAGUAUCCUCCGAUCGUAGCUCAAUUAUUUUCCGGUGACCUACUUCCGAUUUUUGCUCUCGCACUUCAACCCGGAGCUUUUGACGAAACAUCACGAUGUCAUCUCCAAAACCGAAUCCUGUGAGGGACACACUAGGAGGUGCUGAUGCCAAGAACUUACAAAUUCAGUUACCCAUGGACGAUACUUUAGGUCAAACCAUAGUUGGAAGGUUACUACAGCAGUGUUCACAGACCCAUAAGUUCUGGGAGACUCAACCUGUUGCGCAGCUUAAGGAUAUCAAGGACACUAGUUUGCCUGAAGGCCCAAUAGAGCCUCCAACUUUGGUGUCUAAGGUCAAGCAAGAGCCGUAUAACCUUCCUGGUCAAUUCGAAUGGACCACCUGCGAUUUGAACUCUGAUGAUGUGUGUUCAGAGGUUUACAGCUUUUUCAAAGAAAACUAUUCUGAAUUAGCGUUCAAGGCUGAGUACUCCGUUGAGUUUCUGAGGUGGGCAUUGUGUCCACCUGGUUAUUACCAGAGCUGGCAUGUUGGAGUUCGUGUCAAGACCUCUAAGAAACUAGUUGCUUUCAUCGGUGGCGCGCCAGGGAGAAUCAGGGUGCGUGAUGAGGUUAUUAAAAUGGCAAAGAUCAAUUUCUUGUGUGUUCACAAGAAGCUCAGGUCUAAGGGACUUGCUCCUGUCAUGAUCAAGGAGGUGACUAGAAGGGUUCACUUGCAGAAUAUAUGGCAAGCUGCUUAUACCUCACGUGAUAUACUUUCUACACCAGUGUCCACCUGCCAAUACUGGGGCAGAAUGUUGAACCCGAAGAAGCUACGCGAUGUUGGGUUAACACUGUUUACUGAAAGAAUGUCAAUGAGCAUGACCAUCAAAUUUUUCAAUUUACCAGAUGCACCGAUCACUCCUGGAUUUAGGGAAAUGGAACGACGUGAUGUCCCAGCUGUUACGGAGUUGUUCAGGAACUACCUUUGCCAGUUUGGGGUUGCGGCUGACUUUGAUGAAAACGAUGUCAAGCACUGGCUUCUCCCACGGGAAAAUGUCAUCUACAGUUACUUAGUAGUAAGCCCUGAAACUCAUGAGGUCACUGACUUCUGCAGCUUCUACGCUUUCCCUGUACUUAUCCCUGGUAACCGGAAGUACACAACAGUGAAAUAUGCUUAUUCUUACUACAAUAUAGCGACAGUGACGUUGUUUCCCUAGUUGAUGAAUGAUGCACUAAUCGUCUCUAAGCAAAAAGGUUGUGAUGUGUUCUACGCGUCGGAUGGGAUGCACAAUGUGGGUUUCUUGAAAGAGUUGAGGUUUAGUCCACGAACUGUACUGAAGCACUACUAUCUCUAUAAUUACCGUUUGAGAAGUGCACUGAAGCCAUCAGAACUUGGGCUUGUUCUCUAGUAAACUCCUACAGCUCCCAAAUGUGAACAACCGAUGAUCAUUAAACCAAUGUGUAGCCGAAGUUUGCUCUUCCUAGAUAUCAUUUGGAAGUAAUACAAACAAAAGAGGAAAGUUUAAAGUCAUAAUAACGUUACUGUUUUUCCCUACAAACAGAACCACAGUACAAGCCAUGACCUCAGCUUGUAUCUAUAAUAUGGAGCGAAACAUUAAAAUCUUACAGGGAUCUGAGCACACAUAUGUUAGUC